UUCUGCAGUCCACUUUGGUACGUUCGACCGGGCAGUAGUACGACGUAAACGGUAACGGGUUCGCCGGACACCUCGGUUCCGGACAUUGUGUCGCGCGUUCGUUACGCUGAAGUGUGUGUGUGUGCGCGGGCUUGUUUUUUUCGGGGAUUUCGUCGUGGGAGAAGGUUCACGUUUUGCGAACUUUCUUCGCGACUAAUGGUUACGAGCCGCAGCUGGAAGUUCCUUCUCCUGUGCAAGUGUCGGCAGCCGCUAGUGGUGCUAGUGCUGAAUCGACGCAAGAACCGCUGCUGAACAAACCCUUUUGUGGUGUUGCGGUGCUCGCGAGUAACCUCGUGAUCGUGAUCUCCAUUGUGCGGUGAACAGCAGUCUGUUUUGGAGUGUUGGAUUAGUGCACCCUUUUGGUCUAGGUUUUGUUUUUGGGCAAGCUGGGCUAAUCAACAGAAAUAACAUCAACAUUAGAAGAAGGGAUCCCGAGCAAAAGCGAAAAAGUGAGUCAAAAGUGAGUGUGCAUUUGUGUGGGUCGAAUAACACAGUGAAGUUGAAGGUUUAAGUAAACGCGGUUGGGAAAGAGGAGAAGAAAAGUUAAAAAGCUGAAGAAAGAAGAAGAAGCGACAAUCAACAGUAAACCAAAAGUUUAGUGGCGAAAAAAAAAACCGAAUAAAAUAGGGGCACUCGCCAUAAAUACAACAUAUAAAAAAUAGUGAAGAGCAGAGUGCAGAAAAGAAAAAAAAACAUAGCGCCGCCACCAACCAAAAUCGCUAAAGUCCAAUUCCUAAGUUGAAAAAAAAGUGGUAAAGUGGAGAAGUGAAGAGAAGCGAAGAGAGCUUUCACACAGGUGAAGAAUUGGAUAUUGUGAAUCGACGUCGUUUUUUUUUCGCUUCAUACCUGCUGGCUUCCCCAUUAAGGUAUCCGUCAGAGGAAGAGACCGUCGUCAACGGAUGCCGCCGCCGCCGCCGUGUGCCGCAACGGCUAACUAAUAAGGUAAUUGUGAGGACUACAACAUUCAAGGAUCUUCAUCACUAAACAUAAAAAAAGAGACAUUCAACCUCGUUGCCAUUCACCUUCAAUGUGAGGCAUCCCUGAUGUAAGAAUAAAGCAAACGACAACAACGGUCACGAUUGAAGCCGCCGGAAAUUUAGCGUCAUCGAUAACACCGAACAAAACUAGAAAAAGAGAGGAUAAAAAGAGUGUCUAACAUCAAAAGGGAAAAAGUCAACCCAUCGUCAUGCCCCUCCGAAGGCACCACAGCUUGCCAAGGGCCCGCUGAGCUUUACCUAUACUUGGCUGUGUCCACCUCCACGACAACAUAACUCCGGGAAGGUGGAGCCCGUGGCCUGGCGGAAACUGUGACGACCAGUCCCCCGAAAAUCUAAAAUCCUGCGAAAACUCGAUGGGCAAACAACCCAGGAUGAUCCCACGUGGCAGCUAUGUUCAGAUGAGUUGUGCCACGUGUACCAGCCAGCGCGAGUGAAGAGUGAGUGCCACCGGGGAGCAAUAGAGGCAGCAGCAGAAAGAACAUUCCAAGUUGGGAAAAAAUCUCGAAAAAGCACAACAUAGGGUAUCCCAUUAGGAGAGGGAGCUUUUUUCUAAAAAAAAAAUAAGUGAACAGCAUAGAAAGGAUCUCAAGGGUGUGCGUGCAAGUCAGCAGACAAAUCAUCCGCCAUGCCAACGACAACGGUGAAAAACGAAGCCAACGAACAGCACAGCGAUAAUGAGGAGGAGGAACCAAAGGACAUGAAGAACGCCCACCUCAUCAUCAACGAGCUGCGAACGCGCUGCCGGAACCAGUCGGAGCAGAUAAUGUCCUGGAAGAAGGCUUACGCACUGCAGCAAGAGCAAAACCACCGACUGCAGAAGGAAAAGGCGGAGCAGCUGAACUACCUGACGAGCCAGCUGCUACUGCUGGAGUCCCGGAUCAUGCGCAAGCAGAAGCAGGUGUCGAACGUGCUGUACCAGCGCGAGUUGACCAUCUACCGGCAGCAGAAGAUCAUCGAGACGCUGUCGAGUCGGCUGAUCGACCACGGGAUCAUCGACGUGGUGAUGGAUCCGUCGAUGGGGCUGAGCAGCAACAACAACAGCAACGAUUUCGACUCGUUGAACGAUUCGGAUUCGGCGGUUGUGCUGGAGGACGUGGACUCGGACUGUAACAGUUCGAUUUAUUUUGGUGGUGGUGGGGGUAGCUUGAAGUCUCGGUGUGGGAACAAGAUGAACAACGAUGUGACGAUCGUGAGGUCGAUCUCGGACGCGAUCGAGACGAGUAACAUGAAGUAUAACAAUACGAGGCGGUCGAACUGCUUCUUGAGGAGGCCGGAAGUGCUGGAGACGGUUUACAGCGUGGAGGAGGAUCCGGAACCGCAGGGUUCCGGACAGGCGGACGCGGUAACGGAGAAGCGGGACAAGUUUAAGAACCGGACGGAGAAGUGCAUCUCGUCGGACAACUCGGACGAUGCCAAGGAUAGCCAAAGUACAACAACCACCACGACGAAGAUCAUGAGUACAACGAUGACGACGGUGAUCAUCACGAACACGAGUUGCGACGACUCGGGUGGGGACUGCGAGACUCCUCCCGGAGGUGGUGGGAGUGGCGGCGGCACCAGCAAUGGGUGCAGCAAGGCCGGUGCCGUGACGAACUUCAACCGGGUCAUGUCGAAUCACCGCUCGGUAACGAAGCCCAAGGACGUCAAAUACAAGCGCAUCAACAAGGCCAAAUCCAAGAGUCUGGAGGAGCUGCGCGGCCGGCUGAGGCACUGGGUCGAGCGGGGAAGCUGCAAUAUGAACCUGAACCUGGACGGAACGGCGAUGAACCACAUGGAGCUGCAGCUGCAGCAGCCCUCACCCCAGAACCUGGCCCAAAGCUACGCGUGACCUCAGCCAAAGCCCCACGUCCGGGGCAGCAUUUAAUGGUUAUUUAUUGUAGCGGGAUGGAACGCGAUCGCGCGGCUCCACCACUGUGGAAUGUGAUUUGAACUUUGACAGACAGCUUCCACCCAAAUGAAAUUAUAUUAACCGAGAGUUGGUGUCACAUCCUAACCGUAUAAACAUAUUUGCUUGAAUUGUAAAAACAAAGUGAUGUUUUAAACUUAUUUAUUCCUAACCUAAUUGUAACACAGAGAAAACACACAAAAAGUGAAAUCGCACCGGAAUUUAUCCAAGAAGGAACAAUCAACUUUUCUACUGUAGUGAGAAAGAGAGAGAGAAACAUCAUCAGAGAUUCUGACUGAGUCAGGUUACCUACAAAAUAAAUAAAAAAAAGUUUAGAUAUGAAAAACACAAUCAGAAUAGAUUGGUCAACAAAAAGAUGCAACCAAACAAGUAGCUUUUGUACACUGCACGAAAUCAAGAGUUUACACUUGUGAAAAGAAAUCAUAUUUUCCUAAAAUAUAAAGAUAUCGUACACAAAACAAAAAAAUAAUGAAUUCAGCAAUGCUGCUUGUUAGAACGCAGCUCAAGUGAUCUUUCCUCCCAAAGUGUGUAAUUUUUGUUUGCUUCCCGCAAGCGCUCAUUUUCCGAGAGUUUGGCAAACUGUGGAUAAUAAGUGAAACUACAAAACUUUAGCAACAAAGACAGAAGAAUCGUUCGAUUUGCUAGGCUAAGAGAAGAGACAAUGCAGCAUACUAGACUAGGUAAGAUUGUGAGCAACAAACAAAUGAAACAAACAAAAAAAA